AUGCAGGCUGUUCUCUUGCGAGCGCUGCCAGCGAACGAGACGAGCAAGGUGCCAUCGGUAGAUGAGUUCAACGUGGUCGUGGUCACCGAUGCCGUCGCCGAGAAGGAUACAGACCAGGUUGGAGUCAUUGUGGAUCGGGCCAAGAGCUUUCUUGGCAGCUUUUCCGAGCACAUCGCGAAUCGCGGCUGCGGUUUCGACUUGGCCGCCAAGGUGGCAGCGUGGCGCGUUGCUAAGGCGGGGCGUCGCGGAGAUCUGUGGCAGGCCAUGUUGAAGAGAGUCGUGUGGGCCAG